CCAAAGAACUUAGAGGGAGAGUGGUCAAACUCGCUUUGCAGAUAGAUGUCUAUAAAACGCAUGAUGAUAAUGCCAAUGCGAGACUAGCUCAACGUUUUCCAAAGAACUUAGAGGGAGAGAGGUGAAGAUGGUGAGGAGAGAUUUGCAAAUUGAGAUAGAGGCUAAGAGAAAUUUAAUUCGUCUUUAUAACAUUUUGUCUCUAGAAAUUAAAUCUCUUGGAAUGUUUAGGACUGUUAUGUAAAAGAACUUUUUGUAAAAGCGUAUAAAUCCAAAUACCCAUUUAAUUUGGAUUUAACCCAAACCUUUAUUUACUAACAUCAUGCAUGUGUUUCAAGCACAUGGAGAAAAAGGCUCAAAAUAAAAAGACGACCUGACUUUUAUUUUAUACUUGUCGUGCAUGUGGCUGUCAUUGAUAAUUAGUUAAGCAAAGUAGAUACCGUUUCCGGAUCCAACUCUAUUUGCAGAUAGACGUCUAUAAAUCGCAUGCAAGCAUGAUAAUGCCAGUGCGAGACUAGCUCAACCAUUUCCGAAGAACUUUGAGAGAGAGAGAGAGAGAGAGAGAGAGAGAGAGAGGUGUUGAUGAUGGGAACAGAUUUGCAGAUUGAGACAGAGGUAGAGAAAGAUAAUGAAAGGAUUGUCCAUUCUGAGCAGAGGAAGCCUUACCGGGCCUUCCUGGACGAAGACUGGGAUGCCAUGAAGAAAUUCUACGAGAAAAAUCCCCAACUGAUCUUUAAACCUCUGACAAUGGAGGGGGACACUGCUUUUCAUAUUGCGGCAUAUAGUAAAGAAACAGAACUGCUUCGAUGUUUCCUUGGUCUUGUACCUAACUCCAGGCAGUCGGAAGUGGCCUUGUCUAAGAAUUGUCACGGUAACACUACGCUUCACGAGGUAGCCUCCACGGACAACAUUGAAGCAGCAGAGCUCUUGAUUAGUAAACUCCAAAUGACCGAUGAUCGAGAAAGUACAGCCCGUGGAAACAAUCAGGCCACCCUGAAAGAGCUACUGGAGGAUCGGAACCAACUUGGUGAAACUCCUCUGUAUAGGUCUGCUGCCCUUGGAAAGUCCAAAAUGCUCAAGUUUUUGGCUAAAAGAGUUGGGAAUAUAAAGGAUCACUACCAAAGGAAUGACUGCGUCUCCAUUCUCCAUAUCGCUGUCAUUGGCCAACACUUUGAUACCGCUGUUUGGUUGCUAGAAAAGGACAAAGAACUUGGAAAAAGAAUGACAGAGGCUGGCAUUACUUGUCUUCAUAUACUAGCGAAAAUGCCACUUGCUUUCAUGAGUUCGGUCCGCAAGUACCACUCCAUCAAGAAGGUCCGCGAGUACCACUUCAUCAAGACUCUCCUCUAUCAUUGUCUUCCUGACCAUCUAUAUGAUCAUGACGACGAGGAUGAGGAUGAUAAAGAUGAUGGUAGCGAUUUGGAUUGCGGCCUAAGCAGCAAAAGCCCUCGCAUACCAAAAACACAUCCAUCAGCAAUUUCAAGAAUAUAUAAUACUUUGUGGAGAACUGCAGCCAAAGAAUGGCCAUCCAUCGAAAAAGUCUGGAAGUCUAAAAGAAUUCACAAAUCAGCUCUAGAACUCACAAAAUUGCUAGUGCAAAUGGAUACUACGUGGGAAAAGAGUUUUAUAGUAGACGACAGGACGCUUUCCUUGGGGAGUAUGGAUAGCUUGGAUGAUGUUUUUAUUGAUGUUGGAGGAGGAGGAAAAUCAAGCACCAGCAGUACUACAGCUACUGUUGGAGAAGGUAAAUCAUCAGGAUCUGGAUCAGAACAGGAAGCUUACACCCCAUUGCUGAUUGCAGCCGCUGAAGGAAUAGUUGAAAUAGUGGACGAGAUACUACAAGAGCAUCCUCAAGCAAUUGAGCACUUGAGUAAGGAUGAGGAAAACAUAUUGCACGUGGCUAUUAGCCACCGUCAACUAGAAGUCUUUCAGAAUCUAAAGAAGAUGGACGUAAUUCUUAAAAGUAGGUUGGUCUCGAGGAUCAAUGUGCGAGGCUACACCAUAUUGCAUCAGGUCGCUGACAUUAAAAACAGUCGUGAAGAAAACGAAACAGCUGGCGGCGGUGGCCCUGCUUUCAAAUUGAGGGAUGAGUUGAAAUGGUUGGAGCGAGUGGAAAAGAUAAUGCCGCCCCAUUAUAGCUUGCACCGAGACAAAGACGGUUGGACUGCAAAGGAGCGCUUCAGAGAGCAACACGCUCCGCUUCUCAAGGAAGCAAAAACGUGGCUAAAGGAUACCACUGGAUCGUGCUCAACCGUCGCCGUCCUCGUCGCCGGUGUUGUUUUCGCAGCUGCCUACUCCGUUCCAGGAGGUACCAACGCAUCCGGCGUCCCGAGAAUGCUUCACUCUCCCAUCUUCAUGGCCUUCACCAUCACGGAUAUUAUCGCUCUUGCGAGCUCCUUAACUUCCGUCGUCAUGUUCCUCACGAUCACUUCAUCUCCACUUGAACAAGACUAUUUCCUCGAGGAUAUCCCUCAGAAGCUGAUGAUCGGCUUCAGUUUUCUCUUCUUCUCCACGAUACUGUCAAUGAUUUCCUUCUCUUCGAGUCUUCUAAUCAUACUUCGUUUUGAUCAGAUGAGAUCUUGGACUCUGACUGGGACUUAUGCUGUUACACUCCUUCCUGUUUGCCUGUUUGGGUUUUUUCAGUUACCCUUGUUCACUUGGUUCACCAGAAGGACUUUGCACUACCUUCACAAGAGAAUAACGAAGAAGUUUCUUCCCCAGGCAUUCCUUCCACGUAAAUUCCUCAAGAAAGGCAAGCCAAAGUCCUAUUGAGACAGCGUGUGUGUGUGUGUAUUUAUAUAUGCACGAUGAGAGUACUUUUCUGAAGAAGCAAGAGCAUUGACAUUAAUAAGUACUGAUCCUUGAUCCUUUUCAGGAUGGCCUGGAUGGCAGGGUUUCUUUCUCUUUUUUAUUGUUUUGGAUUUUGAUCAUAAAAUAAUGGUGUGUUUUCAGAUUACAUGAUAUACAUGAUGAAUAAGAUCAUGUAAGAUAUAGACGUGAAAUCACAUUCUGCAUGUAUGAGUUAGCUUAAUUUAUAUAUAAUGAAAUAUAUAACAAGACCAUGUUGUUUCCAACUAA